CGCAUCAGACCUCGACUCCUUCCAGGCUGUCAGACAGCGUGCCGUUCGUAUCAUUAUGUUUGUAUAGCAUAUUGCGUGCAGUCUGCGCCCAUCGUUCUUCGUGCUGUUGUGGCUCUUUCCUCUGCGCAAAUUGUUGACAGCCCCUAAACGUGUCGUCUCCCGCACCGUUCUUGCCUUACUGGCACGCUUUCCCCAUGCAUUCACGGUAGCAACAGCGUGACGCCUAUUGCUCUCUUCGACUUUGAACAUCUGCUACACGACAACACUAUCCAUAAUGGUGGAACAGAACAUCCAGCUUGUCGACCACACCGACAGCGACAACACCCUCACGACCCAGCCCGAGUCCCCUCGAACGCCAGACUCGCACAUCGACAUACUAUACGAAAAUCAGCGCGGUUGGUUUGUCUUUGGCAUACCGCUCUUCUCGUCGAAAGCACUAUGGAAUCUCCGAGUCGACCCCGCUCCAUGGGUAGACGCGAAGUUCAAACCCUCGGCCGUCAAUAUCACAAAUGCACAAGUACCGGACCCGAGUUGGGUAUGGGAUUGGAAGAGCUGGUAUGUCGACAUGAGCCUAGAUGUCGAUGAGGAGGGGUGGCAGUACAGUCUCUUGUUCAAAGGCUCGCCAUGGCACGGCAACCAUCCGUGGUUUCACAGCUUUGUCAGGAGGCGGCGGUGGUUGCGAAGGAGAGUGAAGCAGAAGAUACCACCGAAGACGAAAGAAACUGCACGCGAGAGACUGUUUGGUGACAGGUUCAGCGUUGGUGGCACAACACUGUUCAGGACAGAUACACCAGGCACUAUGAGUGUGCUGAACAGCAGCGGUCAAGCCUCUGUGGACGAGGAGGUCCGAGACACUGCAACCUUGAUGAGGAAGUUGAAAGCGGCUGCCAUCGACCGAGAGAAAAUUGUCAUCAUCAAUAAAUUCAUUGCAGAUGGAGGCGAGGAGCUGCACUACCUCGCAGAACAAAUACCGACCAUCAUGUCAAUGCUCAUCUUCCAGAACUCGCGCCGCCAACUCCUCUCCACCCUCAUGGACACCUUCGGCGCCGCCAAGAGCCACCGCGACUCGCACAAAUCCCAAAAUAAGCCAGAGGGCGAGGCCGAAACCCGCAGAAUCAACAACCUGCUUCAAGCCGUCGAGGCUGCCGACACAGAAUGCAAGAGGCUGGAGUACUGGAGCGACAUUCGCGAGCUGGCUGCGGAAGGCAAGGCCGGCAAUGCUACGGCUGAGUCGAGCGGGUGGGACGAGAAGUGGCAGGGCGUGGAUGACAGCGGGCCGAAGCAUCCUACACCGUCGACGCAGUCGUCGAUUACGAUACCCUAAUACCCUUGAUGUUGCAGUUCGAUGCUGAAGACCUCAGCGACUGCACAUACUUCCACGUAGCAUUUGGAGCACGAGCCUAUAUCUUAUAUUUCUGACACACUUUUAAGAACAAAAUCAUGUGUGCACCUUUCUCACUCUAAUCGGUCCCUUGAUGUCCUCCAGUCUUUCCACUUCAAGCACCUCACCCUUCUGCAUCACCUCAAUCUCACCC